AUGGCAAAUUCACAACGUAAACCACUCAAAAAAUACAAGGACAACAAAAACAACCUGACCAAAUGGGAGCAGGAAUUGGACGAAAAGUUGAAAGAUCGCAAAGGUUUUUGGCAACAUUUGGAAGAAAUUCAACGUGACCACCCUCGGCCUAGCUACUCUUUUGAUGGAAAUGAUUUCUUUUUGGAACAAGAAGAGGACAAAAUUAAAUUGAGUAAAGAUUUUGAAGAAAAGAAGAAGUAUAUGGAAUUUGUUUUUGAAACGUAUUUAAGGCAAGAGAGGGAAGAAGGAGAAGGGAAGGAGGAUGAUAAGGAGUCUGAUAAAAAUGCUGAUGAUGGCUGGCAAAAAUUUCCUACUUUGACAGGUUUUGGAUUUUUUAAGUGGGUUUAUAGUAGAUUGAAUUGGUCUGGGAGCUAG